UAGUAGUAUGUAUUCCCUCUCUAUAUUGAUGUCAAUACAGUAUUACAUAAGUGUUUGUAUAAUACAGUCUAUUGUAGUGUUUAUUGUAUUUACUAUUAUUGUGUGCAUUGUGUGUGUUGUCUAUCGGUUGCGCACACAAUAUGACCAGCAAUUUAUCGGCACAUCAACCGCCGACUGCGGCCAAACUUGCCACACACCCACUGUUGCCCGACUACGUACAGAUCUAUCGGCGACCAAAGUCAACAACAACAACGACGGCCACCACCACCACAAGCAACUGUGUUAGCGAUGUCCCGAAGCUGAUCGCAUUGACCAAUACGACACCGUCGGACCUGACACUGGCCGACCGCAAAUUGCGCCGUUUCUACAAGUGUAGCAAAUUCAAUUUGCGAUUAGGUCCGGCCAGUGGCCAACAAUGUUUUGCCACCUAUAACAGCGAUAUGGCUUUUGCCAGACACUGUCUGAAUUGUCAUCCGAAACAACUCGUCCACUGUAUCUAUUGCUACCCGAAGGCCAAUCAGGACGAUAAUAAGAUACUCGACAAGCGAUUGCCCGACGAUCUCAUCGAUCACAUGCUGGCCGAACACUGUGGCCGCCAAUAUCAAUGCAAUCUAUGCCUCUAUCGGGCCAUAACAGCCGAUCAUGUCUACGUUCAUCAGUCGCUAAUGCAUCGGGACGUCUACGACUAUACCGUACGAAAUCGUCGCGAACUCAAUGGCAAGCUAUGCAAAGUCAUUGAAUGCGUACCACCCGUACGGGUGACCGCAACCGGCAAGUUGGCCACUGUUAGCGAUGCCUAUCAGCACUACGCAGCCCAUCGAUGGGAACGUCUCAAUAAUUCCGAUCCGAAACAUUCGCGCGACUAUCAGUGCCUGUACUGCGACUACAUGAGUCCCUACGGUAAACAAGUGGUCAGUCACUGUUGUCACGAACAUCCCGAUCGUCAUAUACUAUACUAUAAGGCAUCGGUGGCUACGUCGACGGCACCUCCCGAACGAAAGACUCCCAAACUAUUACAGGAGGUUAAUAUGUUUAAGACAAACAGUGGUCCGAGAGUUAGUAGGAUAACCACAGAGAAACAGUUGAAACAGGCAACCGGAUUGGCCAAUCAGGCGGGCGGUCCUCGCAAUGUUUGUCGCGGUGUACCGAAUGUCCGGACGGCUACGAAUGCAUCGCGUACAGCGUUGGCACCGAAACCGGCCAAUUGGCGACCAAAUCAGGCAAAACCGUUGUCAAAGAGGACAGAAAAUGAUAGUUUGUUGGCCGAUAGGUUGGAAAUGGAUCGCCGACUACAGGACCGAAGCGAUAGGGAAACGCGCGGCUAUGUAUCCGAAGAUAAUUCGUCCGAUGAUGAUAUGCACGCCGCCAGUAGAGGAGGUCUUGGCCACUCACGGGAUGAAUUGUUUCGUAAACUAGAGCAACAAAAGACUGGAAGUUCAGCCAAUGGACCAAAUUAUAGUAAUAACAGUAAUAAUAAUAAUAGGUUACCAUUAAAACAAUUGUCAUCAACUGGUCAACAACGAGGAGUACAGUCAAAAUUAGUUCAUAAACCCUCAAAUCCCAGACCACUGUUCAAACCAAAGUCAACGACAACUGCCGGUCUCAGACAUCCGACUGGACUAACACAGCGAAGCCUAGAAAUGAUGAAACGAAUGAAAUCGCGGACCAAUUCGUCUGCACCGAUGAGACCGAAAUCAUUAUCUAUAACUUCCUCACGUCUGGCGUCGUCGUCAUCAAAGCCGUUACCAAAAGUAUUACCAAUGAGUCGUCAAAACUCGACACAACAACAACAACAACAAACUAAACCAUCGCUGAAGAGACCAUUACUGACAAUGCUUGACGAUAAUGAUUAUCAAGAAAUUUAUAAUAUAAAUAAACAACGAAAGCUUAGUGAUGCGGCAGCGGCAGCAGCGACUACCAGCUAUUCUUCGUCAUCUUAUUCAAAGACCAAGCCAUCGACCGCUACUAGUGGUGGCCAGACUUCGUCUAAACAAAGUCUGGCCGAUCAAAAACAUAGUAAAUAUUUUGCAAAACGCAAAUCACGGGACACUAGCGAUAGCGAUCAGUCCGAUGUUGUUGUCGAUGAUGAGGAUGACGAGCAGGAAGAGGAGGACCGAUACAAAUCAAGACGACAGGCCGCCAACAGUACUCCGGUAUCGAAACCGCCGACACAGACCUCUUCGGAAAAGAAACGUUUGACGACAACCAUCGAGAAGUUUAUACCCGAAUCGGAUAACGACGACGACAUUCAAGAAGUGCCAAAAGCCAGUCAACUGUUUGUCUGUCUGUUCUGCGACAGUGUUUCGGAUAGCGAACGGUCGACAAUGGACCACAUGAUGGUCCACUUUGACGAUAUCACUACGUGUUCCGAUGACUACAACGUCACCCGUCCCAUACACAAGUGGAGCAAACAUUUUGUUGCCAAACAAAUGGAUCUGUUUCGACGGCGCACUACCGGCGACAACGAUAACUAUCGCUACGAGUGUCCUAUUUGUGUUCGUAUUGGACGCGCCAAUCGAUUGCGAUCGAAAGGUUACAAAGAAUUUUGGGCACUGAAGUCACACUUUUACGAACACAGUAUGUGGACACCGGUCAGCUGUCGGCUUUGUCGACCGGAAACCGAUUUACCAAACAAUGACCACUUGAUUGCCAAUCAUAUGAACUCCCGACACUACAGCGAUAUACUGGAUACUGAUAAUGACUAUAUCAACGAACUGAUUGGCAAUAAAGUGAAAAACGGUUUUUCGGCCGAACAACGAAAAGCAUUGAUACGUCUGGAGUUUGUUGUCUACAAUCGAUACGAACUGAUUGACAAACAUAUUGAACAAUGUCUGCAACAGAUACGCAACGAAAAUGAAUAUAAUUUGGCCGAAGAGUUUGGCGUUUCGCCGUCAAAAGUAUUGGUUCCCCGAUUGCCGCCGAUUAACUACGAUGACGACCAAAUGGUCGGCCAUGUGUUGAACGAAUUUCCCACUAGCGUUGGCAGUCUAAACAAUUGGCGACAUAGACAACGGGAACGACCUAAUGGUCAGUUGAUUGAUACGCUUGUGUUGACCAGCGAUGAUGACGAGGAGGAGGAGACGGCGGAAGAAGAGAUAGUGGAGGACAGCAAUGGUAGCGGUGAUGGCCCACAAAAGAUGAAUAAUAAUAAUAAUAAGUCAACAAAAAGAAAACGUAUAGCUUUUAUGGAUGAAGUCGAUGACAGUGAUAGUGAUAAUUAAUGCCAGACAAUGAGUAGGAGG